AUGAAGAGCAAGAGGCAACGUUGCGGCGGGCCGCUGGGACUGGACCAUCCCGCCCUCAACAGCACAACCACAGAGUGCCAAGCCUACCGCCGCGUCUGCUUCGAUCAGGGCAGCGUAAUUUCCUUUGAUGAGGCCCACAGCCCCGCCAACCGCACCUCUGUGCCCAUCCCCCGCCUCAACAUCACGCAUCUCGUGUACAACUGGGCAGGGCUGGAGGGCAACAACGACCGCCUGCGCAGGUCGCUGUCGUCGUACGAGCCGCUGGCCUACCGCUUUGGCAGCGGGGCGCUGGAGGCCAGCCCCGACCUGCGCCAGCCCCUCUUCUCCAACUGCACCGUGCCGGUCGUCAUGUGGACCAACUGGAUCCACAACUUCGCGGAGGCGUUCUCUCAUGUGGCGGCGCGGGUGUGGGCGCUGCAGGACGGCGGCGCGAUGAGCAGGGCGGCCACGCUGGUGGUGGGCACGCCCGCGGGCGAGCGCCUGCCCGACUUCCUGCCCACGCUGCUCCGCCCCUUCACGCCCCACCCAUUUUCGCAGCGGUGCGGCACGAGCGGCGGCGAGGAAGAGCCCAGCCCCGGCGCCGCUGCCGGCAGGCCGGCAAGCAGCAGCAGCGCCGCCGCCGGCGGGCCGGCAAACAGCAGCAGCGCCGCCGCCGGUGGGCCGGCGAGCAGCGGCGCCGGCCGCUGCUUCCAGACCGCCUACCUCUGCGCCUUUUUGUACGGCUACUACCAGGCAGACUACGGGGCAGCCCAGGCCAUCUUCAGCCACUACCAGCUGCAGCUGCCGCCGUUGCCGGCCGAGGCGCGGUUCCAGGGUGGGCCGGAGGUGCUGAAGGUCCUGAUCAACCGUCGCCACGGGCCCGUGCGCAACCUGCUCAACAGCGCCGCGCUGGUCCAGGCCUGCAACGACCCAGCUGCCUGGCGGGGCCUGGCGGGGGCCCAGGGCCGCGGCUCGCCCAUCCGCCGCGUGCAGUGCCGGGAGGCGGGCCUGGGCGGGGAUGGGCUGGCCAACAUGGCCGCGGUGCGGGCCGCCGACGUGCUGGUGUGCCUGCACGGCGCCGCCUGCACCAACUGGCUGUUCAUGUCUAAGGGGUCGGCGCUGCUGGAGAUCAGGCCCUACCAGUUUGGGUCGCUGGCGCGGUUCUGGGCGGAUGCCCACUUUGCGCAGAUCGCAGAAGCCACUGGGCACCAGGUGUUCUGGUACGGCUUAAAUAUAGAGGACCCGGCGCUGUCCAAGCCAAGCCAGCUGGAGGCGGCGCGGCCGGCCCGCGAGGGCAGCAGCGGGCAGCUGAAGGAGGCGCGUGACCGCCACGUGUUGCUGCCCUUUGACGCGCUGCAGGCCAUGCUGCUGCAAAUCGCGGCCGCGGGGCGCCGCCGGGACGCGCACCUGCGGCAGCGCGGCAGCGGGGAGCACUACGCCGAGCUGCUGCCCGGCGGGCAGCUGCACGCGGUGGCGGCGGCCGCGGCGGGUGCUGAUGGCCGCGACGGCACCCAGGCGGCCGCCGCGGGCGUGCUGGCGCUGCUGGGCGGCGGCCCAGACCGGCGGUGGUGGCCCUGGGGGCUGCUGGUGGCGGUGGGCGCGGCCAUGGCGGCGGCUGUGGUGAGGAUGCGCGGCGCGGCGCCAGCAGGCGCCUCUGGGCUCCUCAGCUCAGGCCGCACGCCCCACCAGUUCUGA